GUACAAUGUUCUCAAUGUUUUGGGUGGAUUAGCAGCUAAAGAGACACGGGUCUCCAUGUCCAAGGCAAAUGCAUUGGGAAUCAAAGGAAACCUGAAAGGUGAUGGCAUGCUAAAUGGUGGCAUGCUUAUAGUAACAGCUGGUGGAGAGAAAGUUCUUCUUGAUCACAAACAGGCAUCUCCAGGGGACCAUGUUGCCAAUGAAAAAAUCCUUGAUGUCCUUGGGAUAAAAUCUGAAGAGUCAAAGAAGGAGGAGACAGAAUCUGCGUCAGCAGCCGCAGCUGAUUGUGGAUGUGCUGUGAAGGAAGGGGAAUCAUAAAAAAAUGUUAGAAAUGGUUCUCACCACAGUAAAUUUUAGUUUGGCAAACUGGAAUGUUGUAUUAAUUGUUAAUAAUGUGCUUGCUCAUCUGUGAUAAUAAUGUCAGUAAAUAGUGCUCUCUGAGAGACAUAUGUGUCAAGCUAACGAGUGGAAAACUGCUUUCUUCAACCUCAAUCCUGUACUAUCCUAGUUUUGCAAUUGAUGCUCUGGUUGUCUUAUGAUGCCAUUGUGUUAAAUGCUAUAAUAGCAACACAUGGUGGAGAAAUGUUUUGACAAUUCUGGGCAGGUCCUGCUGCUUAGCUACAGGCUUAAGAGUUGGAGCCCUGCUGUUCCAUCAAAAGUUAUUUGUCUUGAAAUGUUUGUUAUGCUAUUAAGAGAAUAUUACUUAGUGUUUUUGUUCUUAAUGAUGAUUUCAACCCAGUUAUGCCUUGAGGAGAUAUUCGGAUCAAGAAAAUUAUAAACCAUAACAAAUGCUGAAACAUUAUAAAGUUUAUGGACAAUGUGAAAUAAAGGAAAUAGUUGUCAUA